GCAGCUUUACUAAAGGCAGAGCACAGCUUGAGAACAGCACACACACAGACCUUCCCUGCACACUGUACCUGUGUCCCUCUGUGCUGCUCGCUUCAAAUCAUGGCCGUCCCUCUAACAGACAGUGACAAGAGGAAGCAGAUCAGUGUGAGAGGCAUUGCAGGGCUUGGGGAUGUGACUGAAGUCAGAAAGAGCUUCAACAGGCAUCUCCACUUCACCUUGGUGAAAGACAGGAACGUGUCCACCCCUAGAGAUUAUUAUUUUGCAUUGGCACACACGGUCAGGGACCACCUUGUGGGCAGAUGGAUCAGGACGCAGCAAUAUUACUACGAGAAGGACCCCAAGCGUAUUUAUUACCUUUCAUUGGAGUUCUACAUGGGCCGCACCCUGCAGAAUACAAUGCUGAAUCUUGGGCUCCAGCAUGCCUGUGAUGAAGCCAUUUACCAGCUGGGGCUGGACAUGGAAGAAUUGGAAGAAAUAGAAGAGGAUGCCGGUCUGGGUAAUGGAGGCUUGGGCCGUCUGGCAGUUCUUUGAAGGGAAGGAGUUGCGGCUGAAACAGGAGUAUUUUGUUGUAGCUGCGACCCUGCAAGAUAUUAUUCGACGCUUUAAAUCCUCCAAGUUUGGAUGUAGGGACCCUGUAAGAACCUGCUUUGAUACAUUCCCGGACAAGGUGGCAAUUCAGCUGAAUGACACCCACCCUGCACUCGCCAUUCCUGAACUCAUGAGAAUCCUUGUAGAUUUAGAACAAUUGCCCUGGGACAAGGCCUGGGAAGUUACUAAGAAGACCUGUGCGUAUACGAACCACACAGUGCUCCCGGAAGCUCUGGAACGCUGGCCUGUCCAUUUGUUUGAGAAACUGCUGCCUCGCCACCUAGAGAUUAUCUAUGCAAUUAACCAAAAACAUCUGGAUCAUGUUGCAGCCCUGUAUCCUGGGGACUUAGACCGUUUGAGGAGGAUGUCUGUAGUUGAAGAAGGCGAUUGUAAAAGGAUCAACAUGGCCAACCUGUGUGUGAUUGGAUCUCAUGCUGUAAAUGGAGUGGCCAGAAUCCAUUCGGAAAUUGUGAAGCGUUCUGUUUUCAAAGAUUUUUAUGACGUUGAACCAGAGAAAUUCCAAAACAAGACAAAUGGAAUCACUCCAAGACGUUGGCUAAUGCUGUGUAACCCAGGCCUUUCUGACAUAAUUUCUGAGAGAAUUGGAGACGAUUUUGCAACUGACUUAAGCCAGCUGAAGAAGUUAUUAGUCUUCGUUAAUGAUGAAAGUUUUAUUCAUGAUGUAGCCAAAGUGAAGCAGGAGAACAAGCUGAAGUUUUCAGUUUAUUUAGAAGAGGAAUAUAAUGUGAAAAUCAAUCCAUCUUCAUUGUUUGAUGUACACGUCAAGAGAAUCCAUGAAUACAAGAGGCAGAUACUAAACUGUUUACAUAUCAUUACCCUCUAUAACCGAAUCAAGAAAGAUCCAACAAAAAUAUUUGUGCCAAGAACAGUUAUGAUUGGAGGAAAGGCUGCUCCUGGGUACCACAUGGCUAAAAUGAUAAUCAAAUUAAUCACCUCCGUUGGAAGAGUGGUGAACAGUGAUCCUAUCAUUGGGGACAGGCUGAAGGUUAUCUACUUGGAGAACUACAGAGUAUCCCUGGCUGAGAAAGUGAUUCCUGCAUCUGACUUAUCUGAGCAGAUUUCCACUGCUGGCACCGAGGCCUCUGGUACAGGGAACAUGAAGUUCAUGCUGAACGGGGCCCUCACCAUUGGCACAAUGGACGGAGCUAAUGUGGAAAUGGCAGAGGAGGCUGGAGAGGAGAACCUGUUUAUCUUUGGCAUGAGAGAGGAAGACGUGGAGGCUCUUGACAAGAAAGGGUAUAACGCAAAAGAGUACUAUGAUAAACUCCCAGAACUGCGCCAGGCGAUUGAUCAGAUACGGGAUGGAUAUUUUUCUCCUGGGGAACCUGAGCUGUUUAAAGAUGUUAUCAAUAUGCUGAUGUUUAAUGACAGGUUUAAGGUGUUUGCUGAUUAUGAAGAUUAUAUAAAAUGUCAAGGAAGAGUGGAACAAUUAUACAUGAACCCCAGGGAAUGGACCAAGAAAGUGAUCAAGAACAUUGCUUGCUCCGGGAAAUUCUCCAGUGACAGGACAAUAAGCGAAUAUGCAACAGAGAUCUGGGGGGUGGAGCCUUCCGUGGUGAAGAUACCACCACCUAACAUUCCCAGGGAAUAGAUGUCAGGGUGCUUGUACUCACUGUUUUUGGUGGAUGGUUCAGGAUUAGUGUUUGUCUGCUAGAUGUGAAUUUGCACCUUUCUCCCUCCAAAAGAAAAGUUGUGUCUUGGGGGGAUUACUUUGUUAUCCUAAACUGACCAUAUUUAGCUAGCCUGCUGUCACACGUAGAUGUUUAGAUCUCAACUACAAUCUAGAACUGCAGAAAUUAACCAAAGAGGUUAUAUUCAUUAGCCAAACAAUGUUUGUCACAAUUGUCAGAAAAAGCCACGUGACUCAUGUAAUUAAUAUCACAAAAACGCUAAUCAUGGAUAAAACACAGGCUUUGCUUGCACAAAUUCAUAUUCUGAGCAGGGCGAUAAUAGUCAAAUAUUAAGCAUUUCACCCAUAAACUAUUUGCAAGCAUCUACAACAUUAUGGCCAGUCUCAUUAUUACAACAUUAUUUGCAAAUAGAAAAGUCUGUAAAUAAUAUAAAAGUAGGCUUUAGUUAUUAAAGGUAAAUCUAUAGCGGGUGCAUAAACAUGAUGGGUAAACCACAAUAUUAGACAGAGGUACCACAUUGUAGUGGCGCUACUUUGUGGUAGCGUAGAUCAUUGUGCCGUGAACCUGCGUGGGUAGCGAACCUGCGUAAUAAGCAGGCCUUCAGAAGUACUGUAUUAUGGAGGACAGGUUUAGCAGGAUAUAUUUUGUUAUAGUUGCAGCUUAGUUACAAGGUGCUAUACAAGCCAACAAAACCAUGCUUCCUGUUCCUCUCCUGAACCAUCCAUAGGAAUGUUGUGUUCAUGAUUUCAUUGCUUGUAGAACCACUUUCAAAUUGUGUUGAAAACUAAGAGAGAAAGAGCAUAAUGUGUUAAUGUUAUAUUUCAUGUGUUUGUCUUUGUAAAGACACAAUUGUUGUUUUAGCAUUUGUGAGUGUGAUUUAAAGUACUGUAUUUCUAACUAAAAGUUUGCACGUGACUCCA